UGUCUUUUUGACGUUCUAAAAGUUGUCGUGUCUCUAUAAUCGUUAGUCUUGCAGAUAUCAGCUAUUUUCACCGCAAAAACUAUUUAAUUGAAUAGAAGCUUGAUUAAUAUAAACAAAUUCCUCAAAAUGAAACCAAAGUUAGAAUUAAAACAUAUCGUUCUUGCAUUUAAUUUUCUGCUUAACAUUGUCUCCAUUGAUGGUGCUAAAUCACCUUUCGUCACAUGUGGCUCAAUUGUGAAGUUAUUGAACUCUGACUAUGGAUCUCGACUGCAUUCCCACGAUGUCAAAUACGGCUCCGGCUCGGGGCAGCAGUCGGUGACAGGAAUCGAAAUUCAAGAAGAUGUCGGCAGCCACUGGAGCAUUAAAGCAGCAACUGGAAAAUACUGCAAUCGAGGAGAGGCCAUCAAAUGCGGUGACACCAUUCGACUAGAACAUCUUACAACAAAGAAGAACCUCCACUCGCAUAUGUUUUCGUCACCGCUAUCGGGAGAGCAGGAAGUGUCUUGCUAUGGUGUCGAUGGCCUCGGUGAUACCGGUGAUCACUGGGAAGUUAUAUGCAGCAACGAUAGCUGGCAGAGGGACUCUCCAGUCAGAUUCAGACACGUCGAUACAGGAGUGUUUCUCGGACUAUCUGGACGCUCAUUCGGUCGACCCAUAUCGGGUCAGAUGGAAGUAGUUGGUUUCAAUAAUCCACAACAUGGAACUCGGUGGACGACAGCUGAAGGAUUGUUCAUAGUGCAACAAGAAAAAGAAACCGAAUAUGCGCACACUGAGUUGUAAUAAAAUAAUUUGAUUUGCUUGCCCUGAUUUGGUUUCCAUCUAGUUUAAUAUUUAAUACUUUGAAUUGCACUUGAAGUUGAUCGUUCAUUGCGAGGCUCUUCUAUUGUAGAGAAUUUUUGUGUACGAGUUUUGAUUUCGAUAUUAAUUUUAAGACAUCUUAAUAAGGUACUGAAAAAAAGUAGAUAAGAAGAAAAUACUUUUCCAUAAAUAAAUACACAUAUUUGUAAUAUCAUCAUCUUCGCCGGCGUGUAACACUUUUUGUUCAAUAAAGACUUGGUUGAAUUUAUGAUAAUUCAAAUUUA